UUUCAUGACAACAUACGGGUUCUUUCAAGAUGGCUGCGCACACGAACCGGGCUGCGUCGCAGCUUCUGUCAGUUGCUACUAGGAAAAUCAUUGGAACACCUUGUGUCGUCAGUGCAGUCCCUGUCAGGCGUAUGGCACAGAGAGCAGCUAUCAGUAAUAAACCAGGACGUACAGUUGGGAAACGGCUGGGAUGGAAGAGACAAGAUGGGGCUUUCGUACAUGCAGGAGAACAGCUAGUCAAACAGAAGGCUAUGAGGUUUUACCCAGGAGAAAAUGUUGAAUUUAAACGAGGUAACAGCCUCUAUGCAAUGACAGAUGGAAAUGUGAUGGUUACAGCAGAGCAGUUAUCUCCCUUCCCAGACAGUCCAAUGUAUGCCCCUGUACAAGAAGGGGCUGUGAUAUACAAAAAGUUCUUCCAUGUUGUUCCAACACCACUACGUGGGAAGUUCAGACUUGUGUCAGAGACAUAGACAACAAUUUAUUCAAGAUGUGUGUUGAGUGACAGUGUUUAGCGAAUAUGAACAUACAGAGAGAAUUAUGUUUCAGUUUUAUAUGGUAAUAAAGAAACAUAUAAGAAGAAACAGCAA